CUGCAGGUGUCUCCUGGUCUCAGCAUGGCACUGCUUUGGGCUCUUGCUGUCCUGAGCCUCCUUCCCCUGCUGGAUGCCCAGAGCCCCGAGUGCGCCAACCUGAUGACAGCGGCACCCAUUAGCAACGCCACCAUGGACUGGCUCUCUGGCAAGUGGUUUUAUAUUGGCUCCGCUUUCCGAAACGCUGAGUACAAUGAGUCGGCUAGAGCAAUCCAGGCGGCUUUCUUUUACUUUGAGCCCAGGCACGCGGAGGACAAGCUGAUCGUCAGAGAGUACCAGACCAUUGCGGACAAGUGUGUCUACAACUGCAGCUACAUAAACGUCUAUCGUCAGAAUGGGACCUUGUCUAAAUUUGAGACGGACAGAGAACACUUUGCUGACCUGCUGCUCAGCAACCACUUCAGGACCUUCAUGCUUGCUGCCUCCUGGAAUGGCACAAAGAAUGUGGGGGUGUCCUUCUAUGCUGACAAGCCAGAGGUGACCCAGGAGCAGAAGAAAGAGUUCCUAGAUGUUAUCAAGUGCAUAGGCAUCCAGGAAUCAGAAAUCAUAUACACCGACGAGAAGAAGGAUGCGUGUGGGCCGCUGCAGAAGCAGCACGAGGAGGAAAGGAAGAAGGAGACGGAAGGGUCCUAGUACUGGGCCAGGAUCGUGGGGGCUGUGAGGGCCCACCCGCAGCCCCCUGCUCACCCUUUGUAACUCAGUUCCCUCGGCUGCAUCAAUAAA